AUGAAGCAACUUUGCGCUAUAUUGUUGCUCUUUUCUCUUUACCCUUAUCUGUUUUCCCCUGUUUUUUCGGCUUCUCCUCCUCCUAAUGGAAAAACUAGAGAUGCCCUAAACAACGGGAGCCAACAUCAAUAUAACCAGCUUGCGAACCUGCCACCCGCUAUAUACCUUAAGGGUAACAGCAUCAGUGGUGAGAUUCCAGUUGAAAUUAGUCAAUUACAGAAUCUUUAUGUGCUGGAUCUCAGCGAAAACAAAUUCACAGGCAGCAUUCCAUCAGAAUUUUCCAACCUCACGAACCUUGAAAUCCUAGACCUCUCGAGGAAUCAGUUGACUGGAGAAAUUCCAGCAUCGUUGCAAAGCCUAAAUUUCUUAUCGAAGUUCAAUGUAUCCUUCAACAAUCUCGACGGAUCGAUACCAACAGGUGAUCAGUUUGACACUUUUACAGAAUCUAGCUAUAUGGGGAAUCCAAGGCUAUGCGGCCGAGUUCUACAGCAUCAUCCUUGUCAAGUUUGA